GCAGCGUGAUGAUGUAAAAUACGCGCGACGGCUCCUCACGUCGAGGUUUUCAAUUCAAUUUACCGCUCAAUUGUUUACACCAAAUAAUUGUACCAUAAAUAAUCUCCCUGGAAAAUACUGUUGACAUGAACAGCCGGCUGCAGGAAAUACGUGAAAGACAGAAGCUCAGACGGCAGCUUCUUGCACAACAGCUCGGCGCAGAGAGUCCCGACAGCAUCGGUGCUGUUCUCAACAGUAAAGAUGAACAAAAAGAGAUCGAAGAGACCAGAGAGACGUGCAGGGCUUCGUUUGACACGUCACUUCCUGUUGCUAAAAGAAAGUGUCUGACUGAAGGUGAAGACCCGGAGGAGGAUGUGGAGGAGCAGAAGGAAGAUGUUGAGCUCCAGCAGCAGCAACAGCAGCAGCAGCAGGAGGAGAGCGGGCCGUAUGAGGAGGUGUACAAAGACUCCAGCACCUUCCUCAAGGGCACUCAGAGUUUAAAUCCUCACAACGAUUACUGCCAACACUUUGUGGACACAGGGCAUAGACCUCAGAACUUUAUCCGAGAUGGAGGUUUGGCUGACAGAUUUGAGGAGUACCCAAAACAAAGAGAGCUCAUCCGACUCAAAGAUGAGCUCAUCGCUGCCACCAACACCCCACCCAUGUAUCUGCAGGCAGAUCCGGACACGUUUGAUCUGAGAGAUUUGAAGUGUAAAUUUGACGUGCUUCUGAUAGAGCCUCCACUGGAGGAGUAUUACAGAGAGUCAGGCAUCAUAGCCAACGAGCGCUUCUGGAACUGGGAUGAUAUCAUGAAGCUCAACAUAGAGGAAAUCUCAUCUAUUCGCUCUUUUGUGUUCCUGUGGUGUGGUUCAGGGGAAGGCCUCGAUCUUGGCCGAAUGUGUCUGAGGAAAUGGGGCUUCAGGCGAUGUGAAGACAUUUGUUGGAUCAAGACCAACAAAAAUAACCCUGGCAAGACCAAAACGCUGGACCCUAAGGCAGUCUUCCAGAGAACUAAGGAGCACUGUCUGAUGGGUAUCAAAGGCACAGUUAGACGCAGCACAGAUGGCGAUUUCAUUCAUGCUAAUGUGGAUAUAGACCUGAUCAUUACAGAGGAGCCAGAGAUGGGCAAUAUUGAGAAGCCAGUCGAGAUUUUCCACAUCAUUGAACACUUCUGCUUGGGCCGUCGACGGCUGCACCUGUUUGGCAGAGACAGUACCAUCAGGCCAGGUUGGCUGACUGUGGGCCCCACGCUGACCAAUAGCAACUUUAAUGUGGAAGCGUAUGCCGCCCACUUCAGUGAGCCUAACGCUUACUUAUCUGGUUGCACUGAAGAAAUCGAGAGACUCCGUCCCAAAUCCCCGCCUCCUAAAUCCAUGGCAGAGCGAGGUGGGGGUUCACAGCGUGGAGGACGGGGCGGUUCCGCUGCAGGAAGAGGAGAUCGGGGUCGGGAGAGAAAUCGGCCAAACUUCCGUGGAGAUCGAGGGGGAUUCAGAGGCCGUGGAGGUCCACACCGUGGAUUUCCUCCCAGAUGAAAAUGCACAACACGCCAGCUUUGAGACUGGUAAACAGAAAAUGUGAUGAGAUUUUUUGUACCUAAAAAAAGGUGUUGUUGCUUUCAGUGGGUAUCAUUUUGUUAGCGUGUUAACUAAGAGCGUGAUAUUUGUAUGAAUUAUUCAACCUCAAUUAAACCCUGUUUUCAUUUUACAAAACUUUGAGAGGAUUUAUUUUAAAUUUUUUUGUAUUAUUAGUGUUGCUGUUUGUUUUUACAUAUGGACAUUAAUUGAACCGUUUUUUUUAUCUCUCACUUGAACACCUGCUCCUUCUGUGUGCACACUUCCUGUGUGUCCUGUGGAGUUUUAUGAUCAGUGUCAGGAGCUUAUUGAUUCUGUCAGCAGUGACAUGUAGAAUUAGUGGUUUGCGGUAAAUAAAGCCAACCUAAUUGAUGUUUU